AUGGUAAUUUUGAUGUGGUUCCCCCCCGUGAGACACUGCUGUGGGGGGCUACGGGAGCACAGCACUACCGGCGCAGUGCGAGCACAGCACCGGAAGGUCGAGGGUAGCAUAGGCUUAGAGGCCCGGCUCUCCGAGCAUGGAAAGGGCUCUCCCGGUGCACCGCAGGGGGAAGCGGCUGCCGGCAGGGCCGAGACGCGGGACUGGGGCAGCCUGUGGAGCCGGAGGCCGGUGCGCAGUCCCAAGGAGGGCUCGACGGGGCCACCAGGUCCUCGCUCGGCCUCUCCUUCUGGCCCGCCCCUCGGCGCGGACGAUGCCCCUUCCCGAGCGCCCGUCCCUCGCUCCCGCUGUACCCUCCCCACGGCUCGGCCCGCCGGCCGGAGGGACCCCGGGGCGGGCAGGCCGCCUGGGCCGGCCCCUCCCUGCAGGGCUACGGGAGGUGAUUGGUGCAGACAGGGGGUGCGGCACCCGCGCUCGGCCCGCGCCGGCUCCCGGGACCGGGGGGGCGGGGGCCGGGGCGGGGCCCUCAGCGCCGCGGCUCCGCCUCCAGCGCUCCGAGGCCGCCCCAGCGGGCGGCUCGGCAGCGCCCUCGCCCAGGAGCCGGCGUGGGGCCCGGGCCCGCCGGCCCCAACCUACCGGCUGCCGCCAGACCCGUGCCCGCCGCUGCGCCGCACCCGCCGCUCCAACAUGGCCGCCCGCGGGGCGCCGGAAGCGCCCCCGCUUCCGCUUCCUGUCCCUUUCCGAGGGCCGCGGUCACGCCCACAGUCACGGAGCCCUUUCGGUCACGCCCCCGCGCUCCGCCCCUCCGCCCCCGGCCCCGCCGUGACCACGGCAACGGCGGCGAGGUCCGUCCCGGGCCGUCAGGGGGCGCCGCGGGCGGAAGCGGCGCGGGCGGAAGCGGCGCCGUCACCAGGUAACGGGGUCGGUGUCGGGGCGAUGAGCGGCGGGGCCGGGCGGCGGCGGCGCCUGGUUCUGCACGUGGACCUGAACAACACGGUGGUGGUGGCGGACACGGUGACGGGGCAGGCCCCACGAGCGGCGCUCAACACCUUUCUCAGCACCGUCACCUGGGGCCGCGCCGGGGCUGCCGGCGAGUGGGAGUGGGUGAGCGACCGCCCGUCCCUGCGCCCCCCGUGCCCCGGCGCCCUCAGCUACUACAGCCGCCACGGCCGGGACCCCGCCUUCACCGAGGCCGGCCCGGGCCGGCGCUUCCGUGACCUCCACGCCCGCCACCUGCGGCUGCUGGAGUGGCCGGGCCGGCCGCACGACGCCCUGUCGGUGCCAGGGGAGCCCGGCAAACGCUACCACCUGAUUCUGCCCGCCUUCUUCCGCCUCCUGGACACGCUGCACCGGGAUGGCAGGGCCUUCGCUGUUGUCUUCAGGACCUUCGGCACCGACCUGCCCCGCGCCCUGCAGGCCGUCAGCAGCGCUCUGGACGGGCAGCACCCGCAGUUCCCUGCCCUGCGGGACGUGGCGCUCCCUGUGGACCUUACCCCUGGCCAGAUACGCUGCAGUAAGAAAGAGGUGGUGCUAACACGGGGAGCAGAGCGUCUGGCCACCCGGGAAGACAAAAGAAAGCUUUACAACUACUUCAGCUCCUUUGAGGGAAUUGGAGGCUUCCAAGACCACUUUGACUGGUGGGCCAGAAAUCAGUUCUCUUCCCGGGGUGGGAAGCCCCUGUGGAUAGACCCCCAUGAUCCUGACAUUCAGCACAUCUUCAUUGAUGACAACAUCCGGCUGGACGAUGAAGACACCAUUGUUCACCCCCAGGUGUUCUCAGAGCAGGGCAGCAGCAGUCCCAGGAUCGUGCCCACCUCAGCACUGUACAACAUUUGCCUGGUGCAAACCAAUCUGCUGGAAGCCAUUGCUGAUGAGGACUAUUUCCUGCACUGUGUGAGGAGGUGUGAGGAGAACUACGACCGCUACCUGGCCUGCGUGGAGAAGGACACCCCAAGCCAGCAGUGGGAUGGACAGUGAUAGCACCUCAUGGGGCUGAGUGGCUCCAGACUGGGACACCACCCGCUUCCUGCUGCAUGCAGUCAAAGUCCCAGAUGGGCUCCUGCUUCGAGCUGUUACCUCUCCAAUGUGCAAUGUGGGCGUUCAGUCCUAUCAGGACCUUCCAUGAGCAAACACAAGCAUCCUGGGAGCUUGUGUGAUGGGAUCUUUGGAGGAAAUGGUUUUCCAGUCUUUGGCAGUGUUGCCUGUGGUGCCCACUUCUGCAUGAGGGCUGGGACUCACUGUCCCUCUGCAGUCACCAGGCAGAUCCCUUCCACCAUCCUGUGAUGCAGGCAUCCUCGCAGUGUUUGUGCCUCACUUCCUGCUCCUGCAGUGAUGGCUGGUGCAGAGCAGGUGCCAGGAUGAGUACAGUGUUAGCAGCAGCAUCCCCAGGUGGCAUUUGUGGUGUGGUGUUCUCGGCGGAUGCCUUGUCACUUCUGUCUGUUUUUAAAGCAAACCUUUUUAGCUCA